AUGAGCAUUCAAAGUAAUGUUCUCGGUCCGUUUCCAUCUCAUACUGGAUCGGAUCCAUUUGGAUCUUUGAAACAUUUUGAAGUUCUUAAAACACUUGGACGUGGACAUUUUUCUGUUGUUUAUUCUGCACGAAAUCGUUUUAAUGGUGUAUGUGUGGCUUUAAAAAAAGUUGAAUUAAGUCGAAUGGCUGAUGCUAAAGCUAUUGAAGAUUGUAAACGUGAAAUAAGUUUACUUCAGCAAUUAGAUCAUCCAAAUGUUAUUAAAUAUAUUUCACAUUUUGUUGAUGAAAAUGAUUUGUACAUUGUCUUGGAAUUAGCUAGUGCAGGUGAUUUAGCUAAAAUGAUUAAACAUUUUACUCGAACUAAUAAAUUAAUGCCAGAAAAAACAAUAUGGAAAUUUUUUAGUCAGAUUUGUAGUGGACUUGAACAUAUGCAUUCAAAAAGAAUUAUGCAUCGAGAUAUUAAACCAGCAAAUAUUUUUGUCAGUGGUGAAGGAAUUGUUCGACUUGGUGAUCUUGGAUUAGGUCGUUUUUUUGGUUCAAAAACAACAUCUGCACAUUCUAUGGUUGGUACACCAUAUUAUAUGUCACCUGAACGUAUUCAUGAACAUGAUCUUGGUUAUGAUUUUCGAUCUGAUAUAUGGUCUCUUGGUUGUAUUUUAUAUGAAAUGGCAGCUCUUCGUUCUCCAUUUUAUGGUGAAAAUUUGAAUCUCAUAUUAUUACGUCAAAAAAUUGAAGCACUUGAUUACACACCAUUACCAACUAAUUUCUAUUCAUCUGAACUUCGUCUUCUUGUAUCAAAAUGUCUUGUAUUAGAUCCUGAACAGCGUCCAGAUAUAAAUGAAGUAAAUCGUAUUGCUCAAAUGAUGUAUACAAGAUUUCUUACACCAGCAAAUAAUACUCCAACACCAACGUCAUCAUCAUCAUCAUCAUCACGUAAUGAUUCAGCUUCUGGAAAUCUAACACCCGUGAAUAAUCGAUAA